ACUGGAAAACUUGUGGCUUAGCUCUUGCCCCUGUCCCUGCCCCUGCCCCUGCCCCAGACACUGUCAAUCCAAUUUCCAAACGCAAUGCGCACAAAGAACGUGAAUUCCAAGUUCUUAUAUAAAACUGUAGGGGCUAUAGAAGUGGCACUGGGGGGGCGGGCAAAGAGCAAGUUAUAAUGCCAGCAGUCGCCGACGACUUGCCAUAUAAACCACCUGCUGCUGGAUGCUGCCACAAAAUAUAGAGGGAGCAUUACUCCGUAAUGCACGAGCAGAGCAGAUAUCCGCCGUAUAGGCGGCAGAUGCCUGCCACAUCAACAGAAGAGCAGAAGAACAGAAGCACAGAAGCACAGAAGAAGGAUCUGUUUAUGCGGCACUCGGAAUACCCUUUACUUAUCUGUACUAAACAAGAUGUUUCUACAGAAACUCCAGGCAAAGAUCAAGUUUAAUACUUCCUUUUUGCGGGGAGCCCCUACCCUCCAUCAGAUCCUAAUGACUUUUCCUAUUUCACCUUGGGCCCCAGUACGAGUACUAUGAGUCUUCCAUCAAAUUACAAUCAAUCAUCGCAAAUUGGCUGACAGUCUCAUGACACCCUCCGCAUACCCUCUCCAUGCCAUGUGGACGCCUCACGCCGACGCCUCCUAACAAUGCAUUUCCACCGAAAAAAGAAAAGGAAAACGAAAUAUUACUUAGAUCCGGACGCGGACACUGACGCGGAGUAGGAUUGGGAGGCAAGAACGUUAGCAGGAUGGAGGACGAGGAAUAGGAAGGGGAAGGCCCGUCAGCAGCCUUCAAAAAUUGAGUGCAAUUUCGACGACGUUGAUGAGAAAAUGCGUUGAACGUGCUCAAGUUGUUCUCUCUGUUGUCGUGGUCUGCCCACGGGGCGCGGGGUAUGCGGGCUAUGCGGGGGACUCCCGAGAGGGGACUCCAUCCACAUUUAACUUUAACCCGUUCUCGAACCAGUUAACAAAAGACGAAGGGCGGAGGGCGGAGGAGAGCAAAGCCAGAAAUUAGAAGCAAAGAUGAUGCCCCAAAGAUCGAGGGGGCGGGCGGGCCAUAGAGGAUGUUUGUGCUUGUGGCAGCAAUUUGUUCGUUUGACGAAACUCAGAAGCCGUCAGAAGCACACAAAGCAGAAGGAUAUUCAAGAGAAAACGCUAUCAAACGCUAGUAUGUGGCUCUUAUUUCAGACUGGACAGCAGCCAAAAUGUAUCUGCUAUCCGCUCUCUGGGCUAAUUUAUGUGGCAUGGCUGAGAUAAUAUUGCCGGGCAAACAAGAGUGUAUCCUCAUUAAAGAUCAAGUUAUGGGAAAAAGACCCAAACAUUGGGGAGAAGUUGGGGGUUCUAAAAGUUCUUUGAAUAACAUCCUACGAGAAUUCCACGAAUCCUUAGCUGGAAGAUUCUUUUGAUAGAUCCAUUUCCAGCUUCCUGUCAGCCAUCUCAAAGCUUUUCUAAAUUGGAAUCCCCCUUCUCGGUCUCUCAAUGCAGUAUCCCAGUGUGACAAAUCGACUAAAAAUAAUGGAAAUUCCCUUUGGGCCUGGUCGAACACAAGCCAAAACCAUAAUUAGCAUACACAAGCGUCCAAUCAAGUGGCAAGUAGCAUUGACGUCGAGGCUGUGGCUGCUGCAGAUGCAGCGUCUCCGAUAGGAGACGGCCGACUCGAAGGCAACGUUCAAGAGGCCACAGGAGGCCACUCCAAGUAUUGAAAAUAGGUAUCGCAACCUGAUGCGGAUGUGGCUGCAGAUGCAAAUGUGGCUGGAGAUGGGUGUCGGCAUUGGCCAUGCAUAAAAUUAGGUUAGUGGGUGAGACAUAAUUAAGUAAUGGGGUCGGUCUUUCUUCUAUUCUUCUCCUUUUUGCAUAAUUAUAUGAGACGUUGUCUGUCCCGGCCCGGCCCGGCCCGGCCCGGCCUCGAUGCCAGUCGCCUCAGCCGUCAGCACUAUGUCCCGACCAGGGCCUUUGACUUUGGCUUCCGCCGUUGACUUUUCAUUAACGUAUCAUCCGGCUAACAGACUGGCUGACUGAUGACUGGUGGGACUGGCUGCCUGGCUGCCGUGCAGAUUCCUCUGGACUCUCUGUCAUCUUGGCUCUUAAUAACCUGCCAUCAAUUGUGGGGAGCCUUCGGCGAAGAUUAAUAAGUACAAGGCUUCUUUUUCCUGCGGACUGAGGUCCAUUAAUCGCUGCCUGGACCUGGACCCAGACGGUGCAAUAUUUUACAAUAAUACCAAAUUGCGCAUACGCCGUGUGGUAAAGUGUUGACUGCAGAAACUGUACCUGUACCUGUACCUGUUCGUUUAAGCCAGCCAAACGAUAUACAAUCUCUGAUGACAGCUUAUGAUAGCUGAUGUUAGCUGAAGAAUGCCGCUGGCUAAUUGGCCAAUCAACAAACUGCCAGCUGCCAAGCCAAAGAAGUUCAAACAAUUCAAAAAAAAAACCCGAGCAGUGGCGGCGAUUGCUCGGGACGGAACAAGACAAACGGAACUAAUGCCAGCCCAAAAGGACUCUCAGAAAUUAAGAAGAAAACGCUCGGCUUGAGUGCAACUUCCGGGUGCAUAAAUGAGAACAAAUACGAGGCCAAGCAGAGCACAGGAAAAGCCAAGAAGUCCUGUCAUCAGCAGCAGCAGCAGCAGCAAGUGCUGGACAGUGGCAGGGAGCAGGGAGCAGGGAGCAGGAACCAGUUAGAGCGACAAAUGCUGGACAAACGGAUGUCCAGAUUAGGCCACAAGCAGCCGAAGCAACAGAAGACUAAACAAUAGUUCCAGCAACAAGCAAAACCAUUAAACAAACAGCAAACAAAAACCAAACAAUAUGUGCACAACGGCAGCAUCCGGCGAUGGCGAUGGCGAUGCAUCCACUGACCUCAUCAAGGACGGGGUGGGAAUGAACAGGGGCAGGAGCCGGGCUCCCAGGAUCGGAGUGCCCCCCUCCUGCCAAGGACACCGCUUAAACUUGCGCAUAUUUAAACUUUUGAUUAGCUGCUGCGUUUUAAUGCUCAGCAUUUACACAAAUGCCUGGCACUUGUCCAUCAGUCCCGGCUCCGGCUCCGUCUGGGUCAUGGCCGGCAGCAUCAAGGGACGCGGUGACGCCCACCGUCUCGAUGAGCUGGGCUCCAUGGCCCACACCGCCUCCUCCUCCUCCUCGCUGAUGUCGGCCUGGCUAACCCAAAGCAAUAACCAUGCAAAUAUCUCCGAGCUACUGGACAAUUUGCUGCGUGGAUAUGACAAUAGCAUACGUCCGGAUUUUGGUGGACCACCAGCCACUGUAGAAGUGGACAUAAUGGUUCGAAGUAUGGGACCAAUAUCAGAAGUCGAUAUGACCUACUCAAUGGAUUGUUAUUUUCGCCAAUCCUGGGUGGAUAAACGUCUCGCAUUCGAAGGCGCCCAGGACACGCUGGCGUUGAGCGUCUCGAUGCUGAAGCGGAUAUGGAAGCCGGAUACGUACUUUUACAAUGGCAAGCAGAGCUAUUUGCACACGAUUACCACGCCGAACAAGUUUGUGCGGAUCUACCAGAACGGACGCGUCCUGUACUCCAGCCGUCUGACAAUUAAAGCCGGCUGCCCCAUGAAUCUGGCCGACUUUCCCAUGGACAUACAGAAGUGUCCUCUGAAAUUUGGCUCAUUUGGCUACACCACGUCCGAUGUCAUCUAUCGGUGGAACAAGGAGCGCCCGGCCGUCGCCAUAGCGGAGGACAUGAAGUUGUCCCAGUUCGAUUUGGUCGACUGUCCGGCUGGCAAUUUGACGGACAUUGUGUAUAAGGCGGCGGCACCGACGCCGCCGCAACGGCCCUACAACAACAAGGACCUGUCCCACGCAGGACGGCCCAAGCCGACCGGCAAGACGCUGACCACAUUCGCGGGACCAGGGGCUAAGAAUCAGCACGUGCGCGGCACCGGACUGAAGCUGGACAAGGGGGCCUUUGGGACGGGACGCGACGCGGCCGGGGCACCGCCCACCAAUGUGGGGAGCAUCACCCUGGAGACGCACCAUCCAUCGGAGUACUCCAUGCUGAUGGUGAACUUUCACCUGCAGCGGCACAUGGGAAACUUCCUCAUCCAGGUGUACGGGCCCUGCUGCCUGCUGGUGGUCCUCAGCUGGGUCUCCUUCUGGCUGAACCGGGAGGCCACCGCGGACAGGGUGUCGCUGGGCAUCACCACGGUGCUGACGAUGACCUUCCUCGGACUGGAGGCGCGCACCGACCUGCCCAAGGUGCCGUAUCCGACGGCCCUUGACUUCUUCGUGUUCCUCUCGUUCGCCUUCAUCUUCGCCACGAUCCUGCAGUUCGCCGUGGUCCACUACUUCACCAAAUAUGGCUCCGGCGAGUGCUACUUCAUCAUCGAGGAGAUGGACUCCGACUCGGCCGAAUCGGAGACGGAAGCCCCCUCCGAUUUCCGGGACAGCACCGAGUCCAAGAUCUACGAGGUGAUACCCCUCUCCAUGUGCACCAUCGACAUGCACCCCCCCUCCGCGGGCAGCAGUCGCCUCGGCAUGCUGUCCUCCAAGCGUGGCGCCACACGCAACCGCCGCCACGUACCGUGGACACUAAAGCUCCCCAGCUGCUUCGACUGGCGGCGAAGGAUGACCCCACACACGCACACGCACUCGCACUACUCCUCCUCCGACGAGGAGGAGGACGACGAACAGACCCAGCUGAGGGCUCACGAGGCGGGACCCUCCACAUCCGCAGCGGCAGCGGCAGCCGCGGCCGCAGCAGCAGCGGCAGCGGCAGCAGCGGCGGCGGCGGCGGCGGCGGCGGCAACAGCCGCCCAAAGCAGUCCGCCCCAUGUGGGCCGCCGACGGAUGUCCUACUACCGGCGCGAAGAGAUGGAGGCACGCCGCAAAGGUAAGCGCACGCCGCAGUACAACUCCGUCUCGAAGAUCGAUCGCGCCUCGCGCAUCGUCUUCCCGCUGCUGUUCUUCCUGAUCAAUGUGUUCUACUGGUACGGCUACCUGUCCAGGAGCGCCCGCAUCCUGGCCAACACGCAACCGAGCACCUGAUGUUACCUUUUAGCAAUUUAGACAGAGUCCUCGAAGAAAUCUACAAAGCGAUUCAGGAAGCAGACUCAUGAACUAAGAGCUGGAGAUGGAGAUGGAAAUGGAGACGGAGAUGCCUAAUGGGUGCCCAUUACGGACACGAACACGAACACGAAUGGUAAUGGUAAUGGGAAUGGGAAUGGAGAUCGGCAGGAGGUUAUUUUGUAUAUCGGUUCAGAUUCAGUUUUCGCUCUUAUUCUGAUUUGCUACAGACAGAAGACAACGCUUUACAACGAUUUCUUUACGCUCUAAAUUGCUAAAGUAAAACCAAAUGAAACUAAAACUUACAUAUCAGAGGACUCUCUAUGUGGGCAUUGCAUACUACCACAGAUAUGCACAUAUAUCCUGGGAUAUAUCUGCAUCUGUAUCUGUGUGCCAUGCCAAAUCUGUACAGUUAGCCAAUAAGUUGCUUCUUUCUUUAAUUUAAGCAAUUCAUGUUUUAGUUAAGCACUUUACAAGAACCAGCACAGAGCAGUUUUAGUUAGUUUAGUUACAGGGUUUAGUUUUCUCUGCCAUAAGAGCUUUCCCAUGGAGGGAUAUCAAGGUCGGGAAAAUCGCUAGGAAAUUGCCGUCUCUCUAUUGCUAUAGGGCCUGGCAGGUAACACGGAGGAGUACAGUACUAUUUUAACGAAAUAUGAAGCAAAUAUAUAUAUAUAUACAUAUAUACAUAGAAAAUAUCUUAAUGUAAGGAAGUGUUACUUGCCAACAGAUCAAAUACGAUUAUGUACAAUUAUGUGUAAAAUAUGUGAACAGAUGCCAUACAAACAUAUGUAAUAAAAAGACGAAGAAUGAACUUGAUUUCGGGUCGAUUCAUAUCACUCUAGCUCCAUUUUCCAGGCGGGACAUUAUGAAAGAAGAAACCCAUUGGACUGCCGCUGAAUGGAUGUGUUAAUCCUGCUGCACAAACGCCUAUCCUUUCAUCCAAGUGCGUUCCGCAGGGCUGUAGCAAUGGCAAAUGACAGCCACAAAAGGAUACAACAAAGAGCACGGAGCCCCCAUUGCCAAGGGGCGUUGGGAUGGGCCCUGGCCAUCUUGCAGUAAAAGCACUCAUCGACAGCCACGUGGUUUGCCGCCUCGGGCUCUUGCUCGUCGUAUUUGGCUGUUGGGUCCCAUGAUGUAUUUUGCCCAUAUGACAACUGGAGGACAACUGG